CAUUGUCGCCAUCUUUCAAGCAUAGAGAAAAAGGCCGGCCUUUUCCGCCCGAAGCGUCUGUUGUUUCAACGCGGAAAAUUGGUAAAUGAUGGCAGCAAAUAAUUAUUUUGGGUUUACUCAUGGAGGAACCCAAUACGGUGCGGCAACGGCUGGGGCAGCAUACGGCGGUCAAACGGGGUAUGCUGUAGCCCCCGCGGCGACCGCAGCCACAUACGGCACCCAGCGUGCUGCAGCCACCGGGUACGACACUGCGUAUCAGGCCGCAGCCGCUACACAGGCAGCGGCGCACGCGCACGCGCACGCGGCGGCGGCAGCGGCGUCGGCGUACGACGCGAGCAAGUCGGCGUACUACCAGCAGGCGGCCGCCGCCUACCCCGCCGCCGCGCCGCCGCAGCCGCAGCCCGCCUACGACACCACAGCUAAACCGGCCUACUCCACGCCGGCUACCUACACGCAGCACGCGUUCGGGUCGCAGGGCGGCGCGCGCGUGAGCAGCGCGGGCGCCAAGGCGUACGGCGGCGUGUACACGCACGCGCACGCCGCGCCCGCGCCGACGCCCGCCGCCUACCCCGCGCAGGGCUACUCCGCGCCGCAGCCGCAGCCGCCCAAACAGUCCGCUAACAGAGGAAACACUGCCUACGAUACAGCCCUGUACAACGCGGCGACCAUGUACGUGGCGCAGCAGACCAAGACCGGCGGCGGCGGCGGCUGGAAGAACUACAACAAGGGCGGCGUGGGCGCGGGCCAGCAGCGGCGCUCCAAGCCGCCGCCCAAGGCGCAGCAGCUGCACUACUGCGACGUCUGCCGCAUUUCCUGCGCCGGACCACAGACGUACAAAGAGCACCUGGAGGGGCAGAAGCACAAGAAGAAGGAGGCGGCGGUGAAGCUGGCCGCAGCGGGCGCGGCGGGCGCGGCGGCGGCGCGCGCGGCGGGCGGCGCGGCGCUGCGCUGCGAGCUGUGCGACGUGACGUGCACGGGCGCGGACGCGUACGCGGCGCACGUGCGCGGCAUCAAGCACCAGAAGGUGGUCAAGCUGCACACCAUGCUGGGCAAGCCCAUCCCCUCCACGGAGCCCACCAAGCUCGGCGCAGCGAAAAAGACUGUAGCCGGCACGCCCAAGAUCGCGUUCGUGGCGUCGGGGGGGCUCAGUACCGUGGCCAACAAAGACGCGCCCGCAGACAAGGACAAGGACGACGACGACGACAACGACGCCGAGCCCGAGGUGCAGCCCGUGGGGCAGGACUACAUCGAGGAGAUCCGCGGCGACGACGGCAAGGCGCUCUCCUUCAACUGCAAGCUGUGCGACUGCAAGUUCAACGACCCCAACGCCAAGGAGAUGCACAUGAAGGGCAGGCGGCAUCGGCUGCAGUACAAGAAGAAGGUGCAGCCCGACCUGGAGGUGAAGGUGAAGCCGUCCAUGCACCAGCGCAAGCUGGCCGAGGCCAAGGCGCAGCGCCUCAUGGUGCGCGACGAGCUGUGGGCGCGCCGCCGCCUGCACGAGGGCAUGGAGGAGGAGGACCGCGGCUACUGGGAGGGCGGCAUGGAGCCGUGGUGGCCGCGCGGGCCGCUGCCCCCGCACCACCAUCACCAUCACCACGGCAUGGGCAUGGGCUACGGGCCGGUGGCGCGGCGGCCGGAGACGUCGGACGACCGGCACGUGCUGGCCAAGCACGCGGAGAUAUACCCCAGCGAGCAGGAGCUGCAGGACAUCCAGCGCUGCGUGUCGCACACAGAGAAGGCGCUCAAGUCGCUGUCGGAUGCCCUGCACGCCCAGCAGAACAACAGGCCGCAACCCGCCAAAGUGAAGGUGGAAGACAAGAAAGACGACAAGGAAGGCAAAGAGGACGGCCGCGACAACCAGUUGUUCUCGUUCGUGGGCGAGGGCGAGGCGGGGGGAGCUCCCGCCGGGCGCGCGCUGAAGGGCGUGAUGCGCGUGGGGCUGCUGGCCAAGGGGCUGCUGCUGAAGGGCGACCGGCUGGUGCGGCUCGUGGUGCUGUGCCACGACCGCCCCACCAUCACGCUGCUCAAGCGCGUGGCCGCCGACCUGCCCGCGCACCUCGCCAAGGUCAAGGGCCCCGGCGACGAGCCGAAGUACAAAGUGGAGCUGCAGCCGGCGGAGGGCGCCGUGCUGGUGUCGGACGGCGCCGUGAGCGUGCUGGUGUCGCUCACGGCCGCCGUCAUGCGCGAGCCCGCAGAGGGUGGCGACGUAAAGCGCGACGACAAGGAUGUGCUCCCGCGGCAGAAGUGUUUGGACGCGUUGGCCGCGCUGAGGCACGCCAAGUGGUUCCAGGCUAGGGCGGCGAGCUUGCAAUCCUGCGUUAUCAUCAUAAGGAUUAUGCGCGACCUGUGCAGGCGCAUACCGAACUGGACGCCGCUCAACCCAUAUGCCAUGGAGCUGCUGGUGUCGGGCGUGCUGCAGUCGGCGGGCGCGGCGCUGUCGCCGGGCGAGGCGCUGCGGCGCGUGUGCGAGGCGGUGGGCGGCGGGCUGCUGCUGGACCACGGGCCCGGCCUGCGCGACCCCUGCGAGAAGGAGCUCGUGGAUGCGCUUGGCAAUCUGCCGUCGCAGAAGCGCGAAGAUCUGACUGCGUCCGCGCAGCAAUUCCUCAGACAGAUUGCGUUUAGGCAGAUCUACAAGGUGCUGGACAUGGAGCAGCUGCCGAAGCUGAAGCACGCGGCGAGCUGGAAGUUCCCGCGCAAGCGCAGGCGCUCGCACUCCGACGCGGACGCCGACCACAACGGCGAAGGCAAGGUGGUCAAGACGGAGGAGAAAUUGGAUGCUUCUGAAAACACAAGCGCAAAGAAAUAAUUACAAAAUAUUUUAUUUCGGCCGCGGACGCCGCCGAGCGUCUCUUUCGGGAUAUAAUUUAAUAUAUUUUUAUUGAUCUAAACGACGUACAGACAACAUCAUAUCACUCGUCUAUGGACUCUCAAGUUUUAAUACAAUGUUCUUAUUCUUUCUUUACCAAGAGUUAAAUUUACGUUAAAAAACCGCCAUAACAUCUAAAACUUUGUAAAAGUCACAAAUCACAAUCUCAAAUUAUGAAAUAAAAGCUAAAUUGUGUUUAUAUCAAAACACGAGCGUACAAAAUCGGAUUAUUAUUCUAAAAACAACUAAAUGGUUAAAAAUUAAUAGUUUUUGUGUGGGUGUUUGUGGUGUUGUCUUGUACAUUUAUUUUUCUGUCAUAAAAACUAUAUGAUGUCGCGGUGAUCUGUCCAAAAUAUUGCAUUAGUCCCGAUAAUAUUUGUAGUGUUUAAAAUUAGGUAUAAUGUAGGUUCUAUUAUGAAAUAGUGCGUUUGUACGAGUCUGAUGUCUGUUAUAUCUGGGCAGGAGUUUCUCUAGUUUUGAUUGCUUUUAAAUGUUAACUUGUAAUCAGGUACCUGAUAAUCAUGAUCUUUGUAUCAUAAUUAAAAUUUGAUACCAUUUCAAAAUGACUUAAUACACAAAGUACAAUUUGUUUGUAAUGUAGAUUUGAGAAAAUUUCAAAGUCGCUAAUAAAUUGGUUUGAAACGAAUUGACAACCUUGACUUUUUGCUUCGGUUGUAAACUCACUUUAAUUCGGUUGUAAAUUAACUGCCUAGAAAAAAUCUUAUCUAUAGCAUUCGCCAGACUUGACCAAACGUUUACUAAAUCUGUACUGUACGUAUCUAGCGGUACACGAGACAGGGAAUGCCCGCACGGCUGAAAGCAUAGAUAGCUAUGGAAUUAGGGAUCGUAAGGGUUUCUUAUUAUCUUUAGGAUAACAGUAUUUGACUAUUUGAAGUGUCUUUAGUUCCUCAGUUCGUUUCACUGCUUUGCAGCCCUUUACGUGAUUGUUUUGUUUACUAAUUAGUUUGUAAGUUGUAUAUUGAAUGUGUCUGUAGACUCCUACCGUUGAAGGCGUCAGGCGCCUGGGAUUUGAAGGUUUAAGACCAGAGAAUUGUUAUUCUAGUGAUGUGCAGUUGGAAUAGUCUGUACAUUUGCCUAAGCUUUGAUAAAAUUGAAAGAAAAACAUAAUUUGACAUGUAAAAAGUUUCUUGUCUCGAAGGUUAGGUAAAUAUACCGACUGAUGUGCAAGGAUGCGUGCUAGUCGCGAUUAAUAUCGUGACGAUCGUCUGUGAAGUAGUUAGUAGGAAACCUAGAAUAGGAUUAGGGGCCUCGCGGUGCUUGGAGUCAGGAAAUCUGUUUGGUUCGUGGGCGAGGCCUCGGGCGACGCGAUAAAAUACUGCUCGGUGAUAUUCCAUCUUUAAUUUUUAACUGAUUUUAAAAUUUCGCGUUGUAUAAUACUAUUUAUAAAAUACAGGCGUUAAAGCUCAUGUACCUUUAUAUUAUCUCGAACGUUUCGCUCGGUGACCGCGGAUCAUUGUAACAUGACUCGAAACGUCAGAGAUAAGUAAAGGUUACGUGCGCGUUUAAUACCUGUAUUACAAAUCAUUGAUUUUUGUUAGAAACCAUGUAUUUAAUAUCUGCAAAUCAAAGCUCGAGAUAACUCUUAAGCUGAGAACUAAAAUUUUUGGGAAGGCGAUUAAUACUCACGUAUCCGGGGGCACGGCAGUGCGCCCGCCAAGUCGAGAAAAAAAAGCGGCACGGCUGUACCAUCCUUUUCUCGAAACAAAUCAGGCUAUUUUCGACUCCCCUAUACUUUCGUUGUGUAUAAAACAAGAAGCCUGAAUUUUCAGUAACUAAUCAUUGAUAGUUUUCUUUAGUUCACUUUAAAGCAAAAAAAUCGGACUUGUAUGGCAUAGUGAUGGAUCCGUUUAAAUCGGUCUGUUACAAUUUCUUGUGACUUUUUGUACUCUUCCAGAUAUGACAAUUUAUCAUAUUGGCCACUUAAGUCCCUCAAAUUGUCGCCGUAUCUUAGCAUUCAUUGGCUGAAACUCUUAAUGGGAUAUCACUAAACUCAGUCACGUCACGGUAAAAAUGAAAGAGGUGUGAUCUACUAAUAUAUUAUUUAUUAGAAUCAGGUUCUCUAUAUAAUACGAACCUGUAGAUAGAUAUUGUAAAAUAUACACUGAUUGGAAUCUUAAAGUUCUGACGCAGAUUAUUUUGUCACUCUUGGUUUUUAUUCUGUAAACUGUACUUUAAAAUUAACUGUCAAUAAAAAUAAGACCAUGAAAAUGUUGUUUUACUUGUUCUAUUUUGAUCUAGGCGCCACAUUUUCAUAUAUUUCGCGGAAGAGAGUAAAUGAAAAGCAGACUGGCUAGUGUCAAAGCCUUGGAAGUGUCGAAGACUUCAGAGUGACGAGUGUCUUGACACUAGGUUUUUUUUAACUAAGCGGAUCAAACGUCAUAAUGGGUUUCUGAGGAAAGGCUCGAGUAACAAUUUUGUCUUCCGUGUUUAUCUGACUUCAAGGGGAACCUGGUUACAUAGCCUGAAUGUUAAGUUUCCUUACGAUGUUUUCUUUCACCGUAAGAGCACAGGAAUAAAUUUUGUAAAUAAAACAGGUUUCUGGCAGUUUGUAUAUAUUAAACUAUUACAGAAUAUCUUCUUUAUAAUAUUUUGUACAAUGACGAUAAAAACUGCUUGUGUUCAAAAAAUAAAAUGCAACACAAGACAAAAAAAAACAUCUAAAAGGAGUGCAAAAAUAAUUUUAGUAUUGAAAAUAUUUUACAGAUUAUACACACAAUAUACAACGAAUGUUACCCUCUUAAAAUUUGCAUAAAAGACGAAAUUCCAAAUAAUCAACGUAUUGUAUAUUGCAUUUUAUUCGUUUGAACUUACAACACAAUUUUGUAACAUUAAGUACCAUGCUUAGUUUUAUUGAACAAUCGUUUUGAACAUAUUACUCUUUAGAUAGAAGUGUGUUUCAUGG